AUGGCUUUGACGUUUUACACAAACCCGAUGAGCCGCGCCCAGAUCGCCCGCUGGGCGCUUCACGAGGUCGGUGCCGAUUACCAGGAGCGCAUUCUGGGCUUCGGCGCCGAGAUGAAGAGCGCCGACUAUCUGGCGGUCAAUCCGAUGGGCAAGGUCCCGGCCAUUGUUCAUGACGACACCAUUGUCACCGAGGCGGCCGCUAUCUGUCUCUAUCUGACCGAGGCUUUCCCGGAGGCGGGUCUUGCGCCACAGACGCGAACCGAGAAGGCCGACUGCUAUCGCUGGAUGUUUUUUGCGGCCGGUCCCGUCGAACAGGCCAUUACGUCGCACGCCAUGAAAUGGGACGAGGGCCUGGACGCCAAAAAAUCGGCAACGCUCGGUUUCGGCACCUACGAUGCCGUUGUCCACACGCUGUCCGCUUUCCUGGAAGGCCGCGACUAUGUGUGCGGCGGUCGCUUCACGGCAGCCGAUCUCUAUGUCGGCGCACAGGUAGACUGGGGUCUGCAAUUCGGCACGAUGCCAUCCACGCCGGCUUUCGAAACCUAUGCCGCACGGCUGCGGGAGCGUUCCGCCUACAAGGCCGCCAGGAAAAUCGACGCUGAUGUAAUCGCGGCAAUGCAGGCGGAGACCAGCACUUGA